AUGAUAAGUAAUUUAUUUUCAAUUUUUGACCCCUCAACUAAUAUUUUUAAUUUAUCUUUAAAUUGAUUAAGAACCUUAAUUGGUCUUUUAUUUAUUCCUUAUUCAUUUUGAUUAAUCCCUAAUCGAUACCAUAUUUUCUGAAAUUUAAUUUUUAAUAAAUUACAUAAUGAAUUUAAAACUUUACUAGGAAAUAAUCCCUUAUUUAAUAAUUUYACAUUAAUUUUUAUUUCAAUAUUUUCUUUUGUUUUAUUUAAUAAUUUUUUAGGUUUAUUUCCAUAUAUUUUUACAAGAACUAGACAUCUUACUCUUUCUCUUUCUUUAUCCUUACCAUUAUGAUUAAGAUUUAUAUUAUAUGGAUGAAUUAAUAAUACUCAACAUAUAUUUAUUCAUAUAAUUCCUCAAGGUACUCCUACUAUUUUAAUACCUUUUAUAGUAUUAAUUGAAACAAUUAGAAAUAUUAUUCGUCCAGGAACUUUAGCUGUUCGUUUAACAGCUAAUAUAAUUGCAGGACAUCUUUUAAUAACCUUACUUAGUGGAACAGGAUCUAAAUUCCCCCCAUCUUUAUUAAUUAUUUUAAUUAUUAUUCAAAUUUUACUUUUAACUUUAGAAUCAGCAGUUGCAGUAAUUCAAUCUUAUGUCAUUGCAAUUUUAAGUACUCUUUAUUCUAGUGAAGUUAAUUAA